UAUUUUUAUCAGUGAUGUGUUGCCUGAAAUUUAUUGGAGCAACGGGUAGAGCGUCCAAUUUCCUUGUCUCUGUACGUUGUGUGCCUGAAAAAGAUAAAACAGCUGCUAUGGGCUUUGGUAUGAUGAUGAUGUCUAUGUUGGCUUUCAUACCAAGUCCAAUAUUCUUCGGUUGGGUGCUGGAUCGCCUGUGUUUGGUUUGGGGUAAAACAUGUACAAAUAAUGGCAACUGUUGGUUGUAUGAUCCGCAAUCACUAAGAUAUACACUCAAUAUAACUGCCGCCAUAUUCAUUACCAUAGGUGCAUUGUUCGAUUGUGGUGUCUGGUAUUAUGUUAAGGACUUGAAGAUUUUUGAUGAAGAAGUCAAGGAUGUCGAAAUGGAAAUUGUUCAGCAUGAAGAAGAAUUGAAUUCAGAAAAGAAAACAGAAGUUUAAUUUAAUAAUACUUUUAUUAAUUAUAUUAAGUAGAUUCCUUAUAUAUGUAUUUUAUUGUACGUUUGUGUGUAUUUGUUUGAAUGUGUUUUUAUGUAAGUAUGUGUGAGAAUUGUAAAAAAAUGUGUUUACAUUAUGUGUGAUCAAUAUAAAAGCUAAUGAGAAAAUAAAUAAUAAU